GUGGUCUCAACCCGGCACUAACCCUUACCAUUUCCCGCCAAAGAAAGGCGGUUUCCUAAACUGCAUUACCUAAAAGCCGUCAACGAGUAGAGACACAAAGAAAGAAAAAUCAGAAUGGCGCCGGCAGCCGAUCCAGCGACGUCGCCGUCGAUUUCCACCGCAAAUAGUGAUCUCCAGCCUUUCUUCGUUCUCCACAAAGCCGCUACGCGGAAACCCGCCUCUAAAACCAGACGGAGAAUCGAUCUCUCCCCCAAAGUUUCCGAUGGUUCUGCUGAAGAAUACAAUGACAACUCGCGAUUUGAAACCUUCAAACUCCUGUGGUCCAACACUGAAUCCAUUAUUAAGGAUGUCUUGAAAAACCUUAACACUAGCGUGUUUGAUGAAAUAAAUAAGUGGGUUCAUGCGUCCUUCGAUUCAAUUUGCGCCUGCCGAACUCGUGAGUUCAGUAGAGCCACGUCUAUGUACCCUAUUCCAAAUAAUGUACCUAUUGGCGCACAAAUUUUCACCGCAUUGCUUUUUACUAAAAACGUGGAAUUUGUUGAUGACAUAUCGACAUUUGCCGACCUUGGUGCACAUUUGAGAUCGAAUGGAUGUUUAGUAGCAAAUCUUACAUCGAUUGACUUCUGCGCCAAGAAUGGAGUUGGCGGUUGUCUUAAAACUUUGCUACGACAGUUUCUGUUGGUCGGCAUUGAUGCACCUGAGAUGUCCAUUCUAGCGUCAUGGUAUACUGAACAAGAGAACCAUGACAAACCACUGAUUGUUAUAAUUGAUGAUGUGGAAAGAUGCAGCAGUUCUGUGUUGAACGAUUUCAUCGUAAUGCUGAGGGAAUGGGUAGUAAAAGUUCCAAUAAUCUUGGUACUAGGAGUUGCAACUAGUGUUGAUGCUCUAAGGAACAUUCUGUGCUCAAGUGCAAGCUUGUAUCUAUCUGUUCGCGAGUUCUAUUUGGGAACCCCCACUGAAAAGAUGGAUGCUGUCAUUGAGGCUGUUCUUCUCAGAAGUUGUCAGAGCUUCAAUAUUGGAAAACAUGUAUCAACUUUCCUAAGAAACUACUUCUUAAGACAUGAUGGAACACUGACCUUAUUUGUUAAAGCUCUAAGGAUUGCUACGGCACAGCAGGUCUUCUCUGAACCUUUAAGCUUCGUUCUAAGGAAAUUAAUUGAUGAAGAAGGCACCGAGGGAUUGGAUGGGGACAAUAAUUUACUCAGUGAACCUGAUAUCAAGCGGGCUCUUCAACUUCCAUCCUUACAAAGGUUUUGCGAGACUAGAGGCAACUGCAUUGAUUGGGUCUAUGCUUUGUCUGAACUGAAAAGACUUCAUCAGCUUUGGAGCUCUUUAGUUAUGUGUCUCUAUGAAGUUGGAAGGUGCCGCAAAAUCUCCCUUUUAGAUUUAUUCUGUGAGAUGCUCAAACUUAAGCAGCAGAAUUUUGGUGUUACUGAUCUCAAUCUAGUGGAGAAAGAUUAUACAACCUCAGUGCAUAAUCAUCAUUCACUUGGCUGCUUACAAGAUAAAGGUUACAUUGUUCGGGCAUUUCAGAUGUUGAGGGAUUUGCCAGCUAUGGAGCUGUGCAAAAUACUGGAUAGAUGGGAAAUGCUUACUAGAGGCAUUGCAGAGAUUCAUGAAAAAGUAAAGGAGCUACAGUCCCGAAUGACAUUGGAGGAGAAUCAGUCAAGACGUGAUUUGAGAGAGGAAUCUAAGAGGCCUACAUCCAGGACUUAUAAAAGUGACAGGACAAGUAAAUCCCCAAUCAACGAAAAAGUUGCCUCAUUUCUACAAUCUAUGUUCAGGGAACAUAUUCAAACCAUUGAGAGUAUACCUCUUCAUGAAAUAAUCUUCUUUGAUAAUGUUGACAAUCUCCAUACAGCUUUGAUUGGAGAUCCUAGAAGAAGAAUCCAGGCUGACCUCUUGGAGUCAAGAAAAUUCCUCAAGUGUUCUUGCUGCCGUAAGAAUGAUGGUGUUCUAGUUCCAUCUAUGCAUGAUACCUCUAUUAUGUAUACACUGGCUGAAGAGCAUGGCGAUCUCAUCAAUGUUCAUGAAUGGUUUCACUCCUUCAUGGCAGUCAUUUCAAAUCCACCUUUAAAAGCCAAGAAAAGAUCAAGAAUGUCUCCAUCACCUAAAAAACGAAAAGUCUCUAAAGAAGCUCAGACCAAAACUGAUGCAUCAAUACAAGCAGAAUUUUGCAGGGCAGUAACAGAGCUACAGAUCACAGGGCUGCUUCGGAUGCCCACCAAAAGGCGCCCAGAUUAUGUGCAGAGAGUGGCUUUCGGACUUUAAAUGAAUUGGAACAAGUAUGUUGCUAACUCCUUUCUCUUAAUUCUUGUCUAUUUUUUUCCCCAAAGAGUUUAGGUGUAGAAGCAGUUAACGUCGAGUAAUGUGAUUCCAAUUUGAGAUGCCAAUAAAGCCUGUCAUAAUCGGACGUCAAAUUCUGAGAAAAAAUAUCGGUACAAACUACAAACUCACACAAAACUACAAAGCAGAAAACUCUGGUUUGAAAAUGAUUGCUUAGCAAAGACUAAAGAGGUAUUUUUCACCCUCAAAAUAGUACUUAGUAUUUUUCAUAUUUUAAGUGGACACAGACAAGACUCUAUUGCCUAAGUGAUUACGGAGUACAUUGAUUUCUAGUAAAUUAAUUCAUGUAGUAUUUCUUUACACUUUGCCAAAAUAGAUGGGUUUCUGGCAUUUCUGCACUUUUAUGCUUAAUGGUGUUCAUUCAUUUAAUGCUCGUUUGGUUCAAGUAGAGGAAUGGAAAGGGAAUGUAAUCAAAUAAAGGAGUGGAAUGGUAACAAUAACCAUUACUUUUAUUGAGUGUUUGGUUAAACAAUGGAAAUGAAUAAUUAGUAAGGGAUUCCCUUUCUUUUGUUUUUUUCUCUAUUUUGAGGGGUAACAAAUUGGGUGAUUGGGUUACCCUCAAGUAAGGGUAAUGGUUAACUCAUUACUCAAAUCAAACAAGUAAUGGAUUUAAUUAAUUGAAUCAUUUUCCAACCUCUAAAAAUACCCCAAUCAAACGUGGGCUUAGUUUGAAUUAUCUAUCUUCUAUAAUUUUUGAGUGAUCGUUUUUACUUUUUCAUUAACGAUUUAUUAAAUAUUGAUUAGUACCUAAUCCCUAUUGUUAUUUAUAUGUAAUAGAGUAAAGGGUUAAUUGUUGAAAACUUCACCAUUUCUGGCAGCAAUUAAAACAUGAGUAUAAAACCUCUACUUUACUUGACCAUAGGUAAAAUUGUGCAAUUGCGCCUCAACUAGCAAAUUGACAUGCGUAAGGCAUUGGUUGUACUUGUACGCGGUCUGACAACGAUCAAUUUUGUCGUGAUUUCAUCCGAUUACAACUGCAAUGUGUCGUUCCAACCACCGUGAAUUAGAGGAAGUUGAAUUACGCGCGACCAUAUUAAAAUUUGGUCUCUUAAUUGUUUGUAUCAGAAUUGUAACUGCGGUCCUAUAUAAUAACAUAUUUUUAAGAGUUUUUUUAGUUUUCCUUGGGAUUAUUCUAAGUAUAUAUAUAUAUAUAUAUAUAUAUUUUUAAAUUUGUAGCUCUAUUAUUUCAAUGAAAAAUAUUCAAUUUUGUCCCAA